AGCCCCGACGGGGUAGUUACAUAAAUUGAUGAUCCUUCCAGAUGCCAGAGAGGAGAAACUGAAACGAACGGAAGCCCUUCGAGCGAUCGAUUUCGAGAGAGGUUUUUACUUCGAUUCGAUCGCAUAGUAAAAGGAGGGCGAAUAAUUUCCCUGUUCGCGAAGAGAAGAUCGAGAGAUACGAAGGUGAAAGAUGAGAAGGCGAUGAUGAUGGGCGAGGAUAAGUCGUCGCCGUCGUCGAUAGGGAUGGGGAGCAGAGAAAGAGAUCGGGAGCUGCUGAUUCCGGUGGGGGAGGAUCCCGCCGAUGAUGGUGACUCCAAGACCUCCGCCGCUGCGGCCACCGCCUCCCCCUCCCGCCACCACUCCGGCCGAGAGGCAUUUCACAAAGUUGUUCGUAGUUGGGCUUCAAAAAAGUUCAUGACCGGAUGUGUUAUCCUAUUUCCAAUAGCAAUUACUUUCUACAUCACUUGGUGGUUUAUUCGUUUUGUGGAUGGAUUUUUCUCUCCAAUCUAUGCCCAGCUUGGAAUUGGCAUAUUUGGGCUUGGUUUUAUAACUUCUAUCACAUUCAUCUUUUUGGUUGGAGUUUUCAUGUCUUCUUGGCUAGGGACAUCUGUUCUUAGCCUCGGUGAGUGGUUUAUCAAGCGGAUGCCUUUUGUUCGCCACAUUUACAAUGCAUCUAAACAAAUUAGUACAGCCAUAUCACCUGAUCAAAACACUCAAGCCUUCAAAGAAGUGGUCAUUAUAAGGCACCCUCGAAUUGGUGAAUAUGCAUUUGGUUUCAUCACUUCAACUGUUGUUCUUCAGAAUUACACUGGUGAAGAGGAGCUAUUCUGUGUCUAUGUUCCUACCAACCAUCUCUAUAUUGGUGAUGUCUUUAUGAUCAACUCGAGGGAUGUUAUUAGACCAAACCUGUCUGUCCGAGAAGGAAUCGAGAUUGUGGUGUCAGGGGGCAUGUCAAUGCCUCAAAUUCUGUCAACACUGGAAUCACAUUCAAUACAAUUGGAUCGAACCGAAUUUCCCUGAAACUAAGACCAAUGGUGUUUUUCUUUUCUUAACCAUUCAGAUGGUUAGAUUUGCAGUUUGAUCAGAUUUAGCUGUCAUGAAACUUUCUUCCACUCUUAGGUUUUCAACUUCCACACUGCUAUGUAAAGUUUUAAAGAGCUCAGAGGAAUGAUAUCGGAGAAUGGUUUGGUGUUCCUUUCCAGUUUUACAGUCAUAUGUAAAGAUUGAUGUAGAUUAUAGUUCUACUCUGUUUUGUUGAGUAUGACAUUGUUUAUGCAUCAGAAAUUUUCAUUUCUGCCCAUUUUUCA